GUUCAACUACAAGUUGAAGCAUAUUUUAUUAGUGAUGUAUUAAAAGGUGAUGAUCAAACUGAAAUGAGAGUGAAGUUUAUUAGAUAUUUAAAGGAGGAAGUACCAGCCGGUGAAGAUUAA